UUCCAGACUUUUAUCUCAAGCAUUUAUGCUAGAUCGAGGAUCGUUCCUGCACUGUCAAUCAUUUAAAUGCCUUUUCGAAAAAUAUUUUCCCAAGACGCUGUUUUAUUCCUUUCCUUUUCAGGCGGAGAACUACGUUGGAAAAACUAGCGUCGAAUACCGAAUUGUAUCAAGGGAAUCACUGUCGAAUGCAAUUAUUUGGUGUUCAUCUACUUAAUAUACGAAUCUCAGUAUUAUGAAAGCUAAGGUUUGCAUCGUUGGACCUCAAGGAGUUGGGAAAUCCUUAAUUGCUUCUCGGUUUGAUGGUUCUACAAUUUCACCUCAGAUAAGAAAUGCAAAAACUAUGUUUGCUAAUUGUAAUGUCCUUAUAGGAGAGAAAACAGUGGAUUUACAAAUGUCCGAAGUAUCAGGAGAGGAAAAGUUGAGGUGUAUGGGGCCUAUAUUCUACAAAGAAGCUAAAGCAGCGCUUUGUGUUUUUGAUUUAACUUCGGAGAAAACAUUUGAAGCUUUAAAUCUCUGGGUUAAAAGUGUCAGAAAUGAUGCUAGUGAUGAAUGUGUCCUCAUAAUAAUUGGAAAUAAGAUAGAUUUAGGCAUACGGCAGGUCUCUCUGACUCGUGGUUUAAAAUAUGCGAAGUCAGUGGGAGCUAAGUACUUUGAAGUCUCUGCUGUUUCUGGCAAAGGCUUGUUAAAUGUGGUGGUGUAUCUAGCCAAACAUUUGGUUCGCUGGAAUGACUGUAAACGGAGUUACGCAGCUAAAAGAUCUAUCACUUCAAAUUUCAUUGAAUAUAUUGCACCUCAAGAUGAUCAAAAAAAGAAAAAAGAGGAAUCACUUCUGAUGAAGAGACUUCUUUAAAUAAAAAUAAAAUAAAAGUGAAUUGAAUGAUAUAUAGACAAAAAAUUGAAAGUUAUAUUGUACAUUGUCAAAAGUGUAAAUAACAUAUAUGUAAAGAAUGUUUCAAAAGUUAAUUUCAUCAAGAUGACUUCAUUGUCCCAUAUUGUGAGAAAUUACUUGUAUGAAUAUUUUGUAUUUAUGCAUGGUUGUGUUUGUUAUAAUAAAGAUAUCACAGGAAAAAAA